GGACGGGGCGGCGCUGGGCGGCGCAGUGCGCAGGCGCGCGCGUCGCUCGGUUGGAGCGGGAGUACGAGUUCCCCGGCGCGGAGACCUCGGCGGCGCCUGGGGGCACCGGCCAGUCCUUCCUGCUCUCCGCCAUGGCCGCGCUGCGCUACGCGGGCCUGGACGACACGGACAGCGAGGACGAGCUGCCCCCCGGCUGGGAGGAGAGAACCACCAAGGACGGCUGGGUUUACUACGCCAAUCACAGCGAGGAGAAGACGCAGUGGGAACAUCCGAAAACAGGGAAAAGGAAGCGAGUAGCCGGAGAUUUGCCCUAUGGAUGGGAACAGGAGACUGAUGAGAAUGGACAGGUGUUUUUUGUUGACCAUAUAAAUAAAAGAACCACCUACCUGGACCCGAGGCUGGCAUUUACGGUGGACGACAAUCCCACGAAGCCGGCCAGCAGACAGAGGUACGACGGCAGCACCACCGCCAUGGACAUCCUGCAGGGCCGCGACUUCUCGGGCAAGGUGGUCCUGGUCACCGGGGCCAACUCAGGCAUAGGCUUUGAAACCGCCAAGUCUUUUGCCCUCCACGGUGCCCACGUGAUUCUGGCCUGCAGGAACAUGACAAGAGCCAGCGAAGCAGUGUCACGCAUUCUGGGAGAGUGGCACAAAGCCAAGGUAGAAGCAAUGACCCUGGACCUGGCCCUGCUCCGUAGUGUGCAAAACUUUGCUGAAGCGUUCAAGGCCAAGAACGUCUCUCUCCACGUGCUCGUGUGCAAUGCGGCUGUCUUUGCCCUGCCCUGGAGCCUCACCAAGGAUGGCCUGGAGACCACCUUCCAAGUGAAUCACCUGGGGCACUUCUACCUGGUCCAGCUCCUGCAGGACGUCCUGUGCCGCUCGGCCCCCGCCCGUGUCGUGGUGGUCUCCUCCGAGUCCCACAGAUUUACAGACAUUAGCGAUUCCUCGGGACAACUCGACGUUAGCCGCCUGUCCCCAUCACAGAAUGAGUACUGGGCCAUGCUGGCUUACAACCGCUCCAAACUCUGCAAUAUUCUCUUCUCCAAUGAGCUACAUCGUCGCCUCUCCCCCCGCGGGGUCACCUCGAAUGCAGUGCAUCCUGGGAAUAUGAUGUACUCCUCCAUUCAUCGCAGCUGGUGGCUGUACACACUUCUGUUCACCUUGGCGAGGCCCUUCACCAAGUCCAUGCUUCAUACCCUGGGACAAAUGCACGAAAAGCAUGAGCUGCCCUGCUGCAAGGGAACAGGCCACACGAGGGGACGCUCUUCCCCUCGCUGAGAGCUGGCCGGCCCCCUUCUAGAAUCAUCUGGCCACCAGCAAGCUAACAACAGACACCAGAGCCACGAGAGAACCAAGCAGAAAGUAGUCAGGAAAACCUACACCAGAGGAUUCAAGCCAUAUGCAGAGUCAUAGACAAAAAAAACAAACAAAAAAAAAAAAAGCAAAAGAUUACUGUUUUUACCCACUGAAUUUUGCAAAUACGGAAUGAUAGAACACAGAACACCAUGGGUGCUUGGUAAUCUUGAUCUCUUGAUAAUCACUGGAUUUUGCUGUUGAUGUUAGUUUUGAGAAAAAUGUCAAGUCCCCACCAUCGUCACUAACAGUGGGAACUGGUCCUUUGGACUAGACUAGAGCAACAUCUUUGGAGAGAAUCCGUCUUAAAGUGACAGGCUCUGAGGAUGUAUGCGUCCGCUGGUGCAAAGGUCGAGAACUCUGUACAUGGGGCCGAGCGUGGGGGGAGCCCUUGAAGGCCGAGGCUGCAAAGGCCUCUGUGUGGUGCUGCCUGAGGGUAUGGGGAGCCUGGCCUGGUGUACAGGCGGGAGGGUGCUGAGGAAGGAAAGCCAGAGAAUAUCUGAGCAGGCCAAAUUUAGCCUAAUUAACAGAUUUGCCUAGGGCUGACCCUGAAGCAGAAAGGGGAGCCUAGAUCAGCCCGGCUCUUCUCACACCAAGAGGUAUAGAUCAGCUUCAACCCUCCGUUCCCAAUCCCAUCCUGGAGGCUCCCAAAGUAGAUGGGCAUCGGGUAGACACUUCUCCACACCCUACCUCCCCUGAGAUCUGGCCUUUCCAUCAUGGCCUGGUGCAUGCCUUUGGAACAGUUUUUUAUCCUUGCUGAUAAGUUACCGCCCUUUUUCUCCACUAGUCAUGAUCAUGUUUUGUUUUGUUUUGUUUUUUCUAUUUAGAGGCAAAGGGGUGAAAGAGCCGUUUUUCUGAAGUAACUCUCUGGCGCAGUUUCCUUGAGCAGUACUUGGGUGGGUGGCCGUCAUGUUACCAUGCACUUGUCUACUGGGAGGAAAGUCAGCGUCUGAACAUAGCCCUGCCAGGUGUCCUUGAUGACCCUUCAAGGUCACUGUGCAUGUCCCAGGGAGCUUUGCAAUGAACAGGAGGAGCCACAAGCAGUGUCUGGUGGGACAGGUUAACAGCCAGUAGUCAGUCUUUAAAUAAGAGAGACACCUGCCCUCUAUCACAUGGAGAGCCCGUAUUUUGGAUACAAACACAAACCCUUUUGUUUCUUAAGGAAUUUCAAAAUUAUUCUGAAUCACAUAAAAAAAAAAAACAACCUGAAAGCAAAUAAUCAGUGGCUCAAUACUUGUAAUCCUAGUUGUUCAGGAGGAUAAGAUCUGAGCAAGGUGAUUCCAAGCCAG